AUGGUGAAUUUGAAUGGCGUUAAGCCAAAAAACGGAAGAAAUUAUUAUAUAGCACUGGGCCUUGAAGGCUCUGCUAAUAAACUGGGUAUUGGUGUUAUAAAGCAACCUUUAUUAGACUCAACUUUAACAGGUGAUAACUCUCAUGAUUGCCAUACUGAAAUUCUAGCUAAUAUUAGAGAUACUUAUGUAACGCCACCAGGUGAAGGGUUUUUGCCUCGUGAUACAGCAAGGCAUCAUAAGAAUUGGUGUGUACGCCUCAUUAAAAAGGCAUUAGCUGAAGCCAAAAUUGAAAACCCAUCAAUAGAUAUAGAUGUUAUUUGUUUCACUCAAGGUCCAGGAAUGGGUGCUCCUUUGCAUUCUGUGGUCAUUGCGGCCAGAACUUGUUCAUUGAUAUGGGAUGUUCCAUUAAUCGGUGUAAACCAUUGUGUUGGUCAUAUUGAAAUGGGUCGAGAAAUUACAAAAGCUGUUAAUCCCGUUGUAUUAUAUGUAAGUGGUGGUAAUACUCAAGUUAUUGCGUAUUCUGAAAAUAGAUACCGAAUAUUUGGUGAAACAUUAGAUAUUGCUAUUGGAAAUUGUCUAGACAGAUUUGCUAGAACUUUAAAGAUUCCAAAUAUUCCAUUUCCUGGUUAUAACAUUGAACAGAUGGCUAAAAAAGCCCAGCAUAAAGAUAACCUUGUAUUAUUACCAUACACUGUCAAAGGUAUGGAUCUUUCCAUGAGUGGUAUUCUUGCAUUUAUCGAUGGCUUAGCAAAGGAUCUAUUCAAAAAGAAUAAGAAAAAUAAAUUCUUAUUUGAUUCUAAAACAGGUGAACAAUUGAUUACCGUGGAAGAUUUAUGUUUUGCACUACAAGAAAAUUUAUUUGCAAUGCUUGUAGAAAUAACCGAAAGAGCAAUGGCGCAUGUUAAUUCAAAUCAAGUUUUAAUUGUGGGGGGUGUUGGCUCAAAUUUACGUUUACAAGAAAUGAUGGGGCAAAUGUGUGCAGAUAGAGCAAAUGGUAAGGUUCAUGCAACCGAUGAAAGAUUCUGUAUUGAUAACGGUGUUAUGAUUGCUCAAGCAGGUUUGUUACAAUAUCGUAUGGGGGAUGUGAUAACGGAUUUAGCUGAUACAGUAGUAACUCAAAAAUUUAGAACUGACGAAGUUUAUGUUAGUUGGCGUGAAUAA